CGGCCGGUGGCAGGAGGGCGGCGGCGGCCGAGGUCGAGGGCCCGGAACGCCGACCAGAUAGUUGAAGUAUUGGUAACACCAAGGAAAGCUGUCACAAUUUGAAAAGAUAAUCCAAGACUGAUUUCCAGACACUACAAGAAAAAAGGAAGGAAAAAUGGCAUUGUACCAUCAUCACUUCAUCACAAGAAGAAGAAGGUUUUCGCAUUUCCAGCGUCCCAUGAGAAUUUUUGUGAAUGAUGAUCGCCAUGUGAUGGCAAAGCAUUCUUCAGUGUACCCAACGCAAGAGGAGCUGGAGAAGGCGGAACACAUGACUAGGACCCUGAGGGGCGUGAUGCGGGUCGGCCUGGUAGCCAAGGGUCUUCUGCUCAAGGGGGACUUGGAUCUGGAGCUGGUUCUGCUUUGUAAGGAGAAGCCCACAACUGCCCUUCUGGACAAGGUGGCUGACAACCUGGCCAUCCAGCUCACUACUGUAACAGAAGACAAGUACGAAAUACUCCAGUCUGUGGAUGAUGCUGCGAUUGUGAUAAAAAACACAAAAGAACCCCCCUUGUCCUUGACCAUCCACCUGACCUCCCCCGUUGUCAGAGAAGAAAUGGAGAAAAUAUUAGCCGGAGAAACGCUAUCAGUCAACGACCCCCCGGAUGUUCUGGACAGGCAGAAAUGCCUUGCUGCCUUGGCGUCCCUCCGACACGCCAAGUGGUUCCAGGCCAGAGCCAAUGGGCUGAAGUCAUGUGUCAUUGUCAUCCGUGUCCUAAGGGACUUGUGUACCCGAGUGCCCUCCUGGGGUCCCCUCAGAGGAUGGCCGCUGGAGCUGCUGUGUGAGAAGUCCAUCGGCACUGCCAACAGGCCCAUGGGUGCUGGCGAAGCCCUGCGAAGAGUGCUGGAGUGCCUGGCCUCCGGCAUCGUCAUGCCAGAUGGUUCUGGCAUUUAUGACCCUUGUGAAAAAGAAGCCACUGAUGCUAUUGGGCAUCUAGACAGACAGCAACGGGAAGAUAUCACACAGAGUGCGCAGCAUGCUCUGCGGCUCGCUGCUUUUGGUCAACUCCAUAAAGUCCUAGGAAUGGACCCCCUGCCUUCCAAAAUGCCCAAGAAACCAAAGAACGAGAACCCAGUGGACUACACUGUUCAAAUUCCCCCCAGCACCACCUACGCCAUCACACCCAUGAAACGCCCCAUGGAAGAGGAUGGGGAGGAGAAGUCUCCCAGCAAAAAGAAAAAGAAGAUCCAGAAGAAAGUGGUAGAAGCUGUCUCCAACCCCAGUUCUGUCUUCCCUUCAGAUGCCACGACUGAGGACGUCAAGCAGCAGGGGCCCAUAUUGACUAAGCAUGGCAAGAACCCAGUUAUGGAGCUUAACGAGAAGAGGCGUGGCCUCAAAUACGAGCUAAUUUCUGAGACGGGGGGCCGGGGGCGAGGAGGGAACAUCCGUGGGCGAGGACGAGGGCGAGGAUUUGGUGGCGCCAACCAUGGAGGAGGCUACAUGAACGCUGGUGCCGGAUAUGGAAGCUAUGGGUACGGCAGCAAUUCGGCCACGGCAGGCUACAGUCAGUUCUACAGCAAUGGAGGGCAUUCUGGGAAUGCCGGUGGUGGAGGCAGCGGGGGCGGUGGUGGCUCCUCCAGCUACAGCUCCUACUACCAAGGAGACAGCUACAACUCACCAGUGCCCCCGAAACAUGCUGGGAAGAAGCCGCUGCAUGGGGGCCAGCAGAAACCCUCCUACAGCUCGGGUUACCAGUCCCACCAGGGCCAGCAGCAACCCUACAACCAGAGCCAGUACAGCAGCUACGGCACGCCGCAGGGCAAGCAGAAAGGCUUCGGCCAUGGGCAGGGCAGCUACUCCUCCUACUCCAACUCCUACAGCUCCCCUGGUGCUGGGGGGGGCUCCGACUACAGCUACGACAGCAAGUUCAACUACAGUGGUAGUGGAGGUCGCAGUGGCGGGAACAGCUAUGGCUCCAGUGGGUCCUCCUACAGCGCGGGCUCUCAUGGGGGUUACGGCGGCGCAGGGGCCGGGGGCGGCGGCUCUUCAUACCAAGGCAAACCAGGAGGCUACUCAUCACAGUCGAACUACAGCUCCUCUGGGUCCAGCCAGAGCUACAGCGGCCCUUCCAGCUCCUACCAGUCCUCACAAGGUGGCUACAGUCGGAACACAGAGCACAGCAUGAACUACCAGUACAGAUAAAGGCCUAGGCUGCCCGCCCUCCCUCACCUUCUGCACCUCUGCCUCCAACUCGUCUCGGGAGAUUGUCUGCACAUCACAGUCGCCGUGUCCACCGGCGCAGCGCCCACCCGUCCACGUUGCCGAUGUUGCCAUGCUGUGAAGUGUGGUGGUCCCUGAGACCCGUGCCGUGACCCCUGUUUAGCUGUGUUCGGGACUCCGUGUCUUCAGUGGUUUGUUAGUUGCCAUUACACCUUGUCUGAGUAGUGUUGGAGUUGUUGCCUUGCGGUAUCCCUCUGUCUGUCUCUGCCCGGUGUGAGUGCCAUCGGGCAUCCUUACAGAGUUGCAGAAGGGACACGGCAUCUGUUACUGCUUUUGUGAAGUGAGUUCAAUGAGCUGGCUUUAUUUUAAUGCUUUAGUGUUUCAGUUUUAUAAGUGAAAAUUUUAUUUUAAAAACCAGUGAGAAAGAGUGGUUCGUUUUGUUUUUGUUUUGUUUUGUUGUUUUGUUUUGGUAUGUCUGGAUCAUUCAGGCAGUACAUUUGAGUUCCGCUGAAUGUAGACAAAUAAAGAAAAACAAAACUGCGCUUGUCGCAGGCCUUGCGGCGA